GUCACCAGCGCAUUUCUCCAUGCCAGCUGGUAUCACCUGGCCGUGAACAUGUACUUCCUUUGGUACUAUGGUCACGCGGCCGAGAGGCUACUGGGCCCAGGACGAUUUCUCUUUGCCUUUCUCGCCAGCGCAGUUGGUGGCUCACUUGCCUCCAUCAUGUGGAAGCAGCGGCGAAGAGAUUCAAUCGCGUCCUUGGGUGGCUCGGCAGCUGCUCUGGGCCUUGUCUCCGCAGUGCUUGUGUUUCGGAUGAGGCAUGGCGCCUCGUGUGUUGACCUUUGGUCCGUGAUACUGGCCUCGCUUCUGAGUCGAUUCUUCACUCGCGAUGUCGACGUAGCUUCUCACCUUGGCGGUUGCGCUGCCGGAGGCUACCUGUGGGGACCGCGUCUUCUGUGGUCCUAUGGAGGCUUUGUGGUGAGAAGUGCACCCAUCAUAACUUGGCCUUUUACUUGA